AUGUCCUCCGUCACGGUGAAAGUUAAUCAAAUCUCUCGCUAUAGGAAAUCAGCAGUUGAUUGCAAGCUCCCCACUCCACGAUUCUACUAUAAGAUGAACGCUGGACGUCCUCGGCGGGAUGGUCCUCGCGGGUACUGUCAAGCUGUCAGACUAUUGACCGCUGUGCAGCCAAAAAAACACCAACGAUCAGAUAGAAUUCUGAUUUCUUUCGAAAAUUCACGUCGUUUCCGUAAAGACACCGAUAUGCUCUUCUAA